ACAUGUUAUUUCACUUUCACUUUCACUUCUGUGUUCAUGAAUACACCAACGAGAACAUGUUGUUGCAAAUAUGAUAACCACAAUUUUAAUUUCAUUCAUGCAGUUUUCCAUCGUAGCCCCUCAUUCUCUUCAUCGCCAUUGCAUCGCAACCCAAGGGACCUUGUAUCCGAAAAAUAUCCAGUUGGUAAUGAUAGAUGAUGUCAUUGUCUAUUACUACAACAGCAGUGCUGAACAAGAGGCCGUAGUGCCAGAAUGGUUGAACCACCCUGAGGGAAUUGAAUUUUGGCAGGAGGUUCAUCGAAAUCUGAAAUUUAAUCGAUAUGUAAUGGAUACUGCCGUGAGAGUAACAAGUGAACAUUACAAUCAUUCACAUGAUCACUUUUACCAAGCUCACGGACGCUGUGGAUGGAAGUCGGACGGAACCACAGAGGCCUUUAUGAGCCAUGCAUAUGAUGGCAAGGACUUUGUCAGCUUCGAUGUAUCGACCAGAACAUGGACAGCUGCAGUUUCCCAUGCUGUUUUUUACAAAAGAAAAAGGGAAACAGAUGUAGAAGAUCUUGUUAGGCUGGUCAUUCAUUACGAAUCUGGAUGCAUCCGGUGGCUGGAGAAACUGUUAGAGUUUAGCGUUACAGUUCGAGAACCCAAAGUCCCUGCGGUGAGUCUGUUUGAGAGACCGCCUCAUGGCAACUCCGAGGUGGAGGUCACAUGUCAUGUGACAGGGUUCUACCCUCGGGCGGUGCAGGUGGAGUGGCUGGGGGCAGAGGGGCUUCCCAUGGUAGACAGGGUGAGCAGUGGGGAGGUGCUGCCCAACGGAGACGGUUCAUACCAGCUGAGGAAGAGCCUGACUGUCCCACAGGAAGCCCAGGACACCCAGAGCUACAGCUGCCUGGUGCUCCACAGCAGUAUAGCUGGGAACAUCACAGUAACCUGGGCGCCAAAGAAGAACCUGGCCAAUGUGCUCAUGGCUAUAGUCAUCAUUGUAUCUGUAGUCUUGAUACUCACUGUCCUAAUCAAGUAUUUAGUAUGGAGGAGAGCAGUAGGUAAGAGUCAAUCUUAAUGCUUGCUGCACUAGGUGUUAUUUCUGAUCAGAGUAAAGUAAACAAGAGCUUAAUGACCCCUCACACACAUUUGAAAGAUUUUUCCCUUUCCUGUUUAUUCAGCACAAAACCCAGAGUAAGUCUGUAUGCAUUUGAUGCUCUAUACAACCCUAAAGUAAUUUACAUAAUGUUAGACUUGCUGCUUUUGUUGUUGUGGUUGAUGCUCUAUACAACCCUAAAGUCAUUUACAUAAUGUUAGACUUGCUGCUUUUGUUGUUGUGGUUGAUGCUCUAUACAACCCUAAAGUCAUUUACAUAAUGUUAGACUUGCUGCUUUUGUUGUUGUGGUUGAUGCGCUAUACAACCCUAAAGUCAUUUAUAAAUGUUAAAAUUGCUGCUUUUGUUGUUGUGGUUGAUGUUACAAUUUUUUGUUGUUGUCCUGUUCUUAUUUUACGAGCUGCAAGAUGUAAUCUAAACAACAAAUAAACAUUUGAGUAUGUCA